AUGUGCUUCACCGCUGACCCCACAGCGGACAUCCAAAAAGCAUUGAAAGCUGUCGACCUGAUGAAGAUCCUGGAUGGGCAAGUGGCUAUCGGGAACAAGUCCAACUCCAAAACAAUAGGAGAGCAUAAGUUCUGGAAGACUCAGCCCGUGCCGCAAACGCUCUCCGGCUCUUCCUUCGCCAUGAUGGCGAUGGAAGAAGGCCCGAUCGAUCCCAUCAAGACGGUCGAAGAGGUCAGGCAGGAGCCCUUGCCCUUACCGAGCGGGUUUGAGUGGAGCUUGAUCGAUAUCAAGAACGAUGUUCAGUGCGAAGAGGUCUACUCAUUACUCUCCGAGAACUACGUCGAAGAUGAUGACGCCAUGUUCCGAUUCCGCUACUCCAAGGAGUUCUUGCUCUGGUCAGCGCUGACCUUCAGGUCGCUCACAGCGCCUGGAUAUCACCCUGACUGGCACAUCGGUGUUCGCGUCCAAAAGACCGGCAAGCUCGUUGCGUUCAUCAGCGGUAUCCUUGUCGAUAUCCGCGUCCGGUCCAAAACGUUCCCAUCGGCCGAGAUCAACUUCCUCUGUGUGCACAAGAAGCUCCGCGCCAAGCGGCUCACGCCCGUGCUCAUCAAGGAGGUGACGCGGCGGGUGAACCUUCGGGGUGUCUGGCAGGCUAUCUAUACUGCUGGGAUUGUGCUUCCUACGCCUAUCGGUACUUCCAGAUACUACCACCGCAACCUCAACCCGCCCAAACUGGUCGAUAUCGGAUUCUCCUCCCUCCCUCGGUCCAUGACCAUCGCCCGCCUCGUCAAGCAGCUCGCGGUACCCACUGCCCCGUCCCUUCCCGGUUUCCGCGAGAUGGAGAAGAAGGACGUCCCCCAAGUCGCUGCGCUCCUGAGGCGGUAUCUCGCCCGAUUCGAGAUUACGCAGACGUUCGAGACGGAUCAAGAGGUCGAGCAUUGGUUUUUGUCUGGAAGGGGGAAAGAGGGGGGUGAGGAGGGGUCGGCAAAGUGGAGGAGGGAGGGACAGGUCGUUUGGGCUUAUGUUGUCGAGGACCCAACCACACACGUCAUCACCGACAUGAUCUCCUUUUACUCUCUUCCGUCAAGUAUCAUGAAGCACCCGACACACCGGAUCCUGAAUGCCGCCUACCUCUACUAUUACGCCUCGGACAGCAUCUUCCGUCCGUCCUCGGGCGGGAGCGAGGCUGUCGCGGAAUCGUCGGCGUCGGUGGGGAUCGUGGAGGAGCGCAAGAGACGGGAGAGGCUGGGGGCGAGACUUGUGCAGCUCAGUGGGGACUUGAUGGUGGUCGCGAAGAAUGCUGGGUUUGACGUGCUUAACGCGUUGACAUUGCUCGAUAACAACAUGUUCCUCUCGGAACAGAAGGCAAGCUGCCAAUCUCUCCCCUUCGGCGCAGGUGAUGGUUUCUUAGUGAACUACCUCUACAAUUGGCAAUGCGCACCGAUCGAUGGCGGGCUCAAGGGCACCUCGAUGAAGCAGGGUGCGGGGAUCGGGGUGGUCAUGCUGUAA